CGAUCCUCCACUCCUUCUGCUUUAUUCAUUCAACUCUUCACAACUCCGACGCCGAGCUUUCUUUGCUUACAUUACGCAACAAGCAUCACUCAAAAUCCCUCCCCAACGGCCCCCACAGUCCCAGCUCAUUCCCCCCCACCCUCUCUCGUUAUCCAAACUUCAGCGCCAUGUCCAACCUCAUCGAGGUCACCUCUCCCGAGCACUUCAAGACCGAGCUUAGCAAGGACUUGAACCGCGUCUCGGUUCUCAACUUCUGGGCUCCGUGGGCCGAGCCGUGCAAGGCUUUUAAUGAGGCGGUGGCUGCUGAGGCAGCGCGCUUCCCGAGCGUGCUCUUCCUCAACAUUGAGGCCGAGUCCCUUGCUGACAUCUCGGAGAGCUUUGACAUUGAGGCCGUGCCAUCCUUCCUCAUUCUGCGCGGCCACUCCCUUCUUGCCCGCCACUCUGGCGCCGACCCGGCGCUUCUUCGAUCCAUGCUCUCCCAGCACUCUGGCCAGCCGGUGCCAGCCAAUGUCGCAAGCUCCGCUGCUGCCGCUUCCGAGCCGACCCGCCCCCGGACUGAAGAGGAGAUCACUGCCCGGUGCCACGAGAUCAUGAACCGGCACAAGGUUGUGCUCUUUAUGAAGGGCAACCCAUCAGCUCCCAAGUGCGGGUUCAGUCGCCAGACGGUUGGGCUUCUGCGGGAGAAGGGGGUCGAGUUUGCCUGGUUUGACAUUCUGAGCGACGAGGAGGUGCGACAGGGCCUGAAGCGCGUGAAUGACUGGCCAACGUUCCCGCAGAUUAUUCUGAAUGGGGAGCUUGUGGGUGGGCUGGACAUUCUGAAGGAGAUGAUUGAGAGUGGCGAGUGGGACGAGGUCUACUCGGAGGCAGUCAAGGAGUAAGUAGGCUGCCUGCCUGGGGAAGAGGGGGUUGGCGUAAGUUGUUAUAUUUUGCAUGCAUGUCUAUAGAGUGCG